AUGUUAGAAUCUAAGCCGAGAAUUGAUUGUUUGUGAUGUAGCAAUAAAUGUAGUGCAAGUAAUGGUUGUUUCCCUGUAAAUUGUGCUUGUAAUAAUGAAUCUGGGUGGAAGAACGGCCGGGAAUAAAGGACUUUGAUUGGACUUGGAUUGGAUUUGUAUCUGGACUCCCUCGAGUGUUGGAGAGCCCUUGUUGUGAACUAUCGAAGGCAAGUGAAUUUAUCGUGCGGUUCUCCAACAUUUUUGGUCCAACGAACCGGAUGACUGGAUCCCGGUGAGGAUUUAAAGAGGACAAUUCAACUUGAUACAGUAGCCAUCACACCUGUAAACAAUCAGCAUUGAGAGACACCGCGCCAUCGCACAAGGAUACGAAGGACGCAGAGAAUAAGAGGAAUCCAUUCGCCAUCGUCCUUAUGGUGUUUUCUUCGUUUGGGCAUCCAUCGGUUAAGCUGGUUCCAUAGGUGAACUCUAUAUGUCCAUUCGAAGCUAGGGAAUUGCGCCACUCACUCACACCGUGUGUUAUUUGGUUUCUUCUGCAUAACACAAUCGUUUUGCCUGCUUGGACUCGGAGUUUUGGAGUGCAGGGAAUCAAUGGAUGGAUUGCAUUCUGGAUGCAUUUUGUGAGGGAGACUAUCAGAAGGGCUACCUUCUUAACGGAGACGUGGACAGCUGAUCCAGUACCGGAUUUACUUCUCCAGGUAAAUAUACCUUAGAUCAGUAUAUGUCCAGCCGUUGUUAGUGGCUUCACCAUUCUAACACCUUUAUUUCGACGUUUUUCCUCGGUUACCUGGAUGGAUGUAUCGUCGGUUGCCUAAUUGGCAUUGCUGGAGUGAUACUGGUGGUUCUGUGGCGACGGAAGGUUUUCAGUGGACAUUUUAACGGAACAAUCUAAUCAACCCAAAUACGAUAGAGACGAUUCGGCGCGUGACAAGAAGAGGUGGCAUCAAGUAUUUUGUUGUGUGAGUUUAUCACAAAAAAACAAUCGACAAUGUCUUGGAUGCUAUUGGAAACACUCCCCUUGUCAAACUAAAUAAACUACCAAAAGAAUUUGGGCUGAAAUGCAAUGUUUAUGCCAAAUGUGAGUUCCUCAAUCCUGGCGGUUCCGUUAAAGACCGUAUCGCUGUACGCAUGAUCGAGGAAGCCGAGGAGCGUGGUUUGCUGAAACCCGGCUAUACAAUUUUGGAGCCAACCUCCGGCAACACCGGUAUCGGGCUGGCCAUGGGUGCCGCCGUCAAAGGCUACAAGUGCAUCGUCGUUAUGCCGGACAAGAUGUCGAUCGAAAAAGUCGACACCCUGAAGGCGCUGGGAGCCGAGGUGAUCCGAACUCCGACCGAAGCUGGCUUUGAGCUGCCGGGGGGAGUUAUGCCUGUCACCCAACAACUUCAGCGGGAACGACCCAACAUAGUUAUACUGAAUCAGUUCAUAAACCCGGGAAAUCCUCUCUCUCACUACGAUGGAACGGCAUCGGAGAUUAUCGAGCAAUUGGAUGGAAAAGUCGACAUGAUCGUAACGGGGGCUGGAACAGGAGGCACCGUCACCGGAUUGGGACGAAAGUUAAAGGAACACAAUCGCAACUGUAAGGUCAUCUGCUCGGAUCCUAUCGGCUCGGUUAUGGCUAUUCCAGCAAGUUUAAACGAAACCGACUGCAAGUACUGGGAAGUGGAAGGUGUGGGAUACGAGUUCAUACCAACGGCUUGUGAUGUCGAGGUGAUAGACGAGUGGAUAAAGUACGGCGACAAGGACGCCUUUGAGACUGCCCGGAAAUUGAUUGUCGAGGAGGGACUGCUGUGUGGAGGAAGCGCAGGUGGUAAUAUGUACGCGGCUCUGCAGGCCGCCAAGAGUCUCGGUGAAGGUCAAAACGUGGUCGUAAUUUUGCCGGAUAACAUCAGGAACCACUUGACUAAGUUUGUAUCGGAUAAUUGGAUGGAGGCGCGAAACUUCAGCGAUAGUGUAAACAUUCAUAAUCACAAAUGGUGGGACCACCAAGUUUCGACAAUUAUCAUGGACACUCCCAUUACCAUCAAAGUUGACCUCUCGAUACAGGAAGCGGUGCGCAUCAUGAAGAAGCACAAUUUAGACCAACUGCCGGUGUUGAAUCACGACGGGAGCAUUCGAGGUGCUGUUUAUUUGACGCAUUUGCUCGGAAAGAUGUUGAACGGUAUGGUGACUGUAUCGGAUCCAGUAUUGAGCGCCCUCUACAAGCAGUAUGUUAAGAUCGGUAAGAGCUGUUCGAUAGGGCGAGCCGCUCGGAUCCUAGAGAAAGACCCAUUUGUUCUGGUGACGGAUUUGGGGCUUGACAAUUAUCAUGUGGUACUAACCGAGAAAGUAAUUGGAAUGCUUACCCAAAAGGAUAUUUUACAAUAUGUUGCUAACGCAUAGAUAAAAAUAAUUUGGACGAAAAUGUUUUUUUCACAUGCGUGCUACUAGAGCGCC